AUGGCACAGGAUAAGGAAGCCGCUUCCAGGAAUUUCUUACGACAGUUUAGGGAUAUUAAUACUAGAGAGUUUAAGAAAAUUAGCGCAUCUCAGUUUAACGAUGUCUGGACUCAUUAUGAUCAAGAUGGCAAUGGUUAUAUUGAGGGGACAGAAUUGGAUAAUUUUCUGUACGAGCUGGUGACCAGUGUCAAUACAUUAGAUGUUGGACCAGAGGUUGUGUCUCAAACUGCUCUAGAAGAUGCCAAAGCUUUGGUGAUGAACGCGUUUGAUGAAAAUCAAGAUGGUCGAAUCGACAUUGCAGAAUUAGCACAGUUGUUACCCAUGGAAGAAAACUUUCUGUUGUUAUUUAGGCGAGACAAUCCACUCGAUUCCAGUGUAGAGUUUAUGAAGGUCUGGAGACAGUAUGAUAAAGAUAACAGUGGUUAUAUCGAGGCAGAUGAAUUAAAGUUAUUUUUAAAGGACUUACUAAAGAAUUGUAAAAAAGAUAUUGAUGUGAGUGAAGAGAAGCUGAUAGAAUAUGCUGAUACUAUGUUACAACUUUUUGACCGAAACAAAGACGCCAAAUUACAACUUAGUGAAAUGGCCAAGCUGCUUCCAGUAAAAGAAAACUUCUUGUGUAGACCAGUGUUUAAGAGUGGUAAACAGUUAACGUAUGAAGAUAUCAACCGGGUAUUCAAACUAUACGAUAGAGAUAACAACAAUAUGAUAGAAAAUGAAGAAUUAACAGGAUUUUUAAAAGAUUUAAUGGAACUUGUCCAAGAGGAUUACGAUGCCGAAGAUAUGGAGGAAUUCAAAGAAAUUUUACUAAAGAAAUGUGAUUUAAACCACGAUGGUAAAAUAGAUCGAGACGAGCUCAGCAUGGUUCUGAUGUCUUUUAAUACCAGGAAUUCCACCCAGGAAUGUCAGGACGAAUUGGCAGAGUGA